AUGGAGGUUGGAUUAGUUAGCUUUUUUCUAGCCUUGAUUCUCAUGUGGAUCGGAUGGGCCGUCGAGACGACGAGAAAACGGAAAGGAGGUGUAGAGAAACCGGGUCUCGUCCCACCUGGCCCGAGAAGGUGGCCGAUAGUGGGCAACAUCUUUCAAUUGGGAUGGGCAGCCCCUCAUGAGUCUUUUGCCAAACUAGCCCAAAUCCAUGGCCCGAUCAUGACUCUUUGGCUGGGCUCAAUGAACACCGUGGUGAUCUCUUCGAGCGAGGCGGCACGAGAGAUGUUCAAGAAUCACGACACGGUGUUCGCGGGCCGCAAGAUAUAUGAGGCCAUGAGGGGAAAAUAUGGAAGUGAGGGGUCGCUUAUCACGUCUCAAUAUGGCCCGCACUGGCGAAUGUUGAGGAGGUUGAGCACGACAGAGUUCUUUGUCACGAGUCGAUUAGAUGCCACGGAAAGUGUGAGAAGCCGAUGUGUCGAACAAAUGGUUCGAUUCAUUGAUGAAGCCGUUGAGUGUGGUACCGACGGGAUAGAUGUUGGGAGAUUUAUCUUUCUAAUGACUUUCAAUUUAAUCGGAAACUUAAUGUUCUCUAAGGACCUUCUUGAUCCGAAUUCCGAGAGAGGUGCCAAAUUCUUUCACCAUGCGGGGAAAGUCAUGGAAUUGGCAGGGAAACCUAACGUUGCUGAUUAUCUUCCGUUUCUCAAACCGUUCGAUCCUCAGGGACUGAGGAAAAGGUCGUUGUUUCACAUCGAACAUGCUUUUGAUAUCGCGGGAACGUUUAUAAACGAUAGAACGAAAAGUUUGGAAAAAGGCGGAGAUGAGAAUCGAAAAAGGGAUUUUUUGGACGUGCUAUUGGAUUAUCGCGGCGACGGAGUGGAAGGUCCGCCUAAAUUUUCGUCGCGGACAAUCAACGUUAUCGUGUUUGAAAUGUUCACAGCAGGUUCGGAUACAACAACAAGUACACUAGAAUGGGCCAUGGCUGAGCUCCUUCACAACCCAAAUAAACUUCAAAAAGCCCAACAAGAGCUGAGAAGUUUUAUCAGCCCAAACAAAAAAGUCCAAGAGAAAGACAUAGAAAACCUCCCCUAUCUAAGGGCAGUCAUAAAAGAAACCUUAAGGCUACACCCUCCACUACCCUUCUUAGUCCCUCACAUGGCCAUGGACUCAUGCACCAUGCUAGGCUACAACAUCUUAAAAUCAACCCAAAUCCUCGUUAAUGUUUGGGCCAUCGGGCGCGACCCAAAUAUUUGGGAUGGGUCUUUGGAGUUCAGGCCCGAGAGGUUCCUAGAUCCCAAUUGCGCAGACUACAAGGGGCAUCAUUUUGAUUUCAUACCAUUUGGGUCGGGCCGUCGAAUGUGCCCGGCUGUGCCACUUGCCACCAGCGUGCUCCCGUUGGCUUUGGGCUGCUUGUUGCACUCAUUUGAUUGGGUUUUAGCUGAUGGGCUGAAGCCCAAUGAAAUGGAUAUGAGUGAAAGGAUGGGAAUAACACUUAGAAAGGCUGUCCCACUAAAGGCUAUUCCCAUACCAAAUAGAAAGGGAUAA